GCCGCCCGCGGCAGGCUCAGUCCCGCUUCAGAUGGCGAGUGGUGCGCUCGCCCACACUCCGCGUCCGAACUAGUAGCGAGCCGAGUGUCGGGCUUCGCCGCGAGUGUCCGCGUGGUGAACAGAGAGCGCCGCGACGCCUGCCAUGCGCCGGCCCUAGCCGCGCCACACCAUGCCGCGCGUCAAGCCAGCCUGCGUCCGUCGCGUAUCCAUCGGUGAAAGUUCUGGAUCGUGUUCGGACGAAGACAUAAACAAUGUGCCCGACGAAGUCAGAGAUCGCACUGAGGCGCACAUGUGCCCGCGCUGCCAGGAGCAGUUCGAGAGCCUGCACGAGUUCCUUUACCACAAAAGAGUUUGUGACGAAAAGGCACUUCAAAUGGGCGAGGAAAGAAUGCACUCGGAUCCCGAGGAAAUGGUUGUUUCCGGGGACGAAGAAAUGGAUGGACCUAACAAAAGAUUAGAACAAGUACGGCGACAUCGGCAAGAUGCUGAAAAUAAUAAUAGCCUUGAAGAUGGAGAGGCAGAAGUGCCAGAAGCUGAUGUGCCGCCAGUCGGACUACCAUUUCCGGUUACUGGCCAUGUCACAUUAGAAGCUUUACAAAAUACAAAAGUCGCCGUAGCACAGUUCGCUGCUACAGCAAUGGCCAAUAAUGCCGAUAAUGAGGCAGCAUUACAUGAACUUGCUGUUCUGCAAAGUACUCUAUUUACCCUACAACAUCAACAAGUAUUCCAACUUCAAUUAAUACGCCAACUACAAAAUCAACUGUCCCUCACUCGACGAAAAGAUGAACCGCUGCAGAGCCCUCCCCCGAGUGAAGCAGAGUCGAACGUACCUGUACCCACCGCUCGAUCGCCGUCACCGCCACGUCCGCCACGGGAGCCAACUCCCGCUACUCCCGCUCCUCCUACCAGCCAAAGCUUGCCCUCAACUCACUCGCACCUGACUCCUAAAUCGGACACAAUUUCCAUUCCUAAACUCCCAACUUCUUCCCCACCCAUGAUGUCCCACCCACCUUAUAGUUCCAUUUCGUCAUCAUUAGCAUCUUCAAUUAUCACAAAUAAUGAUCCUCCACCGUCCCUUAAUGAACCAAAUACGCUAGAAAUGCUACAAAAACGAGCCCAAGAAGUCUUGGAUAAUGCAUCGCAAGGACUAUUAGCAAAUAAUCUUGCCGAUGAACUCGCUUUUCGAAAAUCGGGGAAAAUGUCUCCUUAUGACGGAAAGAGUGGAGGAAGAAACGAACCAUUCUUCAAACAUCGAUGUCGAUAUUGUGGAAAAGUAUUUGGAAGUGAUUCUGCACUGCAAAUUCACAUCCGUUCACACACAGGUGAACGGCCUUUUAAAUGUAAUGUUUGUGGAUCUCGAUUUACAACCAAAGGAAAUCUUAAAGUUCAUUUUCAAAGACACACUGCAAAAUUCCCUCAUGUUAAGAUGAACCCGAACCCGAUACCAGAGCAUUUGGAUAAAUAUCACCCGCCACUAUUAGCGCAGUUGUCGCCGGGCCCUAUCCCUGGGAUGCCACCACACCCAUUACAGUUCCCUCCGGGUGGGCCAGCUCCUUUUCCGACGAGCUUGCCACUUUAUAGGCCUCCACACCACGACCUAUUACCACCUCGUCCGCUCGGAGACAAACCUCUUCCACCCCAUCCAUUGUUUGCGAUGCGAGAAGAACAAGACGCUCCGGCUGAUCUCAGUAAACCUUCUGCGCCGAGCCCUUCCAGAUCCACGUCUGAUGUUUUCAAGUCUGAACCACAAGAUGAAGAAAGUCAGAGAGAUUCUAGUUUUGAAGAUACUGAUCGCGUAACACCUAAACGAGAACCGGAAGAAAAUGACACAGUUGCUGAUGGAGAACCAGAAAGAUAUCCAUCUUCAUCACCGUACGACGACUGCAGUAUGGACUCGAAAUACAGCAAUGAAGAUCAUAUUGGCAGAGAAAGUCCGCAAGUCAAGCCCGAUCCAGACCAACCGGAAAAUCUCUCAAGUAAGAAUUCAUCGAUAUCCGGACCAAUUUCAAUAGCAACGGGGCUUCGUACCUAUCCUUCAUUUCCAUUAUUUCCUCAUUCACCACCUAGCAGUAUCUCCUCUGGUAGUAUUACUCCAUUCCAAAACAUGAAUCACAAUAUAGUUGACGUCGAUAUUGCGCGUGAUCCUGUUUUUUAUAAUUCUCUUUUGCCUCGUCCCGGUAGUAACGAUAACUCUUGGGAAAGCUUAAUAGAAAUUACUAAAACUUCAGAGACGGCAAAAUUACAAGAGUUGGUAGAUAAUAUUGACAAUAAAUUAUCAGAUCCCAAUGAAUGUAUAGUGUGUCAUCGAGUUUUGUCAUGUAAAAGCGCUUUGCAAAUGCAUUAUAGAACACAUACUGGCGAAAGACCUUUCCGGUGUAAGUUAUGUGGACGUGCUUUUACGACUAAAGGAAAUUUAAAGACUCAUAUGGGUGUUCAUCGUAUAAAACCUCCAUCUCAAAUAUUACAUCAAUGUCCAGUUUGUCACAAAAAAUUUGCUGAUCUUACUAUACUGCAUGAACAUAUACGCCUUCAUACGGGGGACCGUAUUUCGUUUGACAAUUCUCGUCAUUUGGUGCUAAAUGAUUUUCCAUUAUUAAGUAAUGAAUCCGACGUUAACGAAUACACGCCAUACCGUCCUGUACCUCCACCACUUUUCCCUACUCCUUCCACUCCCGGCGACCGACGGGCGGACUCCCGCGGGACGGACGAUGAGAGCGGCCGGGACGACCGUGAUCCCGCUAAUAGGGAGUUCGACGAUGACUCUGAUAUGAAAGAUCGUCGAACUUCGCCGCUCUCCGUCUACGCCUCGGCGUCCGAAUGCGAAGUAAAAACCAUCACCACAACGGCUUCCCUCCCAUCGGCGACAGGUUCGGAGAGCGGGCGGAGUGCGCGAGCAUCGCCACCAUCGCCCACACUGUCGACGCUGUCGACGCCGCCGCGGCUGCCACAUCACUCACCGCUGCCAUCACCACCCGCGCCCCUCGCAGCGCUCGGUGCUCUCGGAGGAUCACCCUUCAGCCCACUCGGACUCGCGUUUCCUCCCGCAGUGCGCGGCAACACCACGUGUAACAUCUGCUACAAGACGUUCGCCUGCAACUCUGCGUUGGAGAUUCAUUACCGCAGUCACACCAAGGAACGACCUUUUAAGUGCACAGUCUGCGAUCGCGGCUUCUCAACAAAGAGCAGUGGCGGCGGUUGCCGGUGCGGUAGGCGCGCGCGCGCACCCCGCCCCCCGCACGCCACUGCUUUGGAUCUCUGGAACGCCUUCGUCUACCCGGGUAAUAUGAAGCAACACAUGCUGACGCACAAGAUCCGGGACAUGCCUCCGGGUUUCGACAAGAGCUCUAGUGGCGCCACUGACGACACCCGGGAAAGCAGUCCGGACAGGCGCUCGUCCCCGGACAAAAUGGAGCUGAAGAGGUCGCCGCCUGCGCACCCGCCGCCGCCUAUGUCGCACCCACCACCUAUUGAUAUGCCUCCGCUACCAAAGCGACCAAGCGUGCCAAGUGUGCCGACCCACCCGCCACCGCCGGCGUCGUCCAAGCACCUGUGCGGCGUGUGUCGCAAGAACUUCUCAUCGUCGUCCGCGCUGCAGAUCCACAUGCGCACGCACACCGGCGACAAGCCCUUCCGAUGCGCUGUCUGCCAAAAAGCUUUCACUACCAAAGGGAACCUUAAGGUGCACAUGGGCACGCACAUGUGGAGCGGCGGCGCGUCGCGGCGCGGACGCCGCAUGUCGCUGGAGCUGCCGCCGCGGCCGCUGCAUGAGCCGCACGACCUGCUGCGACGCCCCGACCUCUUCUACCCCUAUCUACCCGCACCUUUUCUCAACGGCAUGCAGCAAAAGCUGAACGAAAUAUCAGUCAUACAACAGAGUGCGGGACAAAACGGAGUAGCUGCAAAGUUUCCAGGGCUUCUAGGAUUCGGUGCAUUCGGUGGCGGACGUCCCGGUGCCGCAUCCCCGCUGGAGAGGCCGCCGUCACUCGAGGGCGGCGACGAGAGGCAAGCCGCCAUGAGAGAAUUGGCCGAACGUGGCCGUGAAUUGGCUGAACGUAGUAGGCAAAUGCGGGAAGAAGGAGAAUACAGGUCGCCUCCCGCGCACGCCCCGCAUCCCCCGCCGCCCGCGCAACCUUCGCCCCCCGCGCCGCAUCACCAGCACCCUCACCCCCUCGCAUCCCUACCGCCACCGGCGCGCACUGAGGGCCUAACCGUUUAAAAACUAUUGAUUCGAAAUCCGACAUUCCAAAAACUCGAACUGAAAAUAGUGGCGAAAACAUGAUGAUGAAGAAGCAGACGAAUGAAUCUUAAUUCUCAAAGGAUUAGUGUCAUGUUUAUAUUGUACAAAGACUUAGUGAUAGAUAUAAUUAUAUGAAAAUAAGGACUGAUUAAAUGACAACUGGACGUCUGUUUAUAGCAUAAUAUGUGCAAAGUGUAGUGCUAUGUAACAAAUCGUUAUUCCACGUGUUAUUACGCCUAGUAUUACCUUAAGUAACUUAUAUAUGCACGAGUACGGGCCUGGGGCAAUCGGGGACUCGACUGAGCCCCAAGUUUAUGUCAUUACUCUGUGAUAGAGCACACUCAAAGACUGUGUUGUACGGACCGAAACACAAUAAACGAUUCAACUGUCAAUCUCGAAUAUGAGCUAUGUAUUUACAGUAACGUACACAUAGUCCAAUGUGCUAUGACAUCAAAAAUAAAUAUAAAUUAUCCCAAAAAUUAAAAUCUUAAAUCUCUAUCUAUAAACUGUACAUAAUAUGUAUGAUAAUAAUGAACGUAUAGAUAUAUGUAUAUUUCAAAAUAAAAAUUCUUAAUUAUUAUAAUGAUAUACUUAAAUAAUAUAAAAAGGAGGGCGAUAUGCAUGAUUUUAUCUCCACAUUCCAACCAGAUGUAUUCAAUCUACAGCACUAAAUUCUAGGAGAUUAUUUAGUACACACUACACCUUGUUAAUGAUGAUACGAUUAGAAUGACUAUCUGUCGUGACUAGGUAUCUAGUACUUAUUCUAAUACAUUUAAUUAUUGUAACAGAGGUUAAUGACAUAUUCAUAUCAUGUAAAUUAAAAAGUAUUUGCAUUUGAGGUCUAUAGUUAUAAGUAUUUAGAGUCAUAGCUAUUAUAUUGCUUUAGAAUACUUCAACAUAUCUUUGUAAAAAUGUGAGCGACUGGUAUAAUGAUAAACUUCUUUAAAAAUAAUAGAUACUAUUACGUAGAAAAUCACCGGCACCUUCUGACUGAUAUAUCUACCAAUUUCACAAGAAAUAAUUAUUUCCAAAUACUUAUGCAUUUCUAAAUGCCUAUAUUAGUGAAAUAAUGGAUUUAAUACUAAGUUUAUACAAAAAUUUUGUUCAUUAUCUAUACUUUUUUAUACUUUCAAUCUAGUUAUUCUGUGUAUACAUGUCGUAUAAAUUAUUUAUAACUAAAUCAUGCAUACACUCUUAGUAUUAAAAGAACGCUUGUGGGGCGUUAGGCCCUGUGCAACAAUUUAGUUGACUAGAAUAAAUUCUCAUAGCACCUACAAGUUAUUUUCAAGUUGCAAAUAGAUAUUAGAAUGUAGAAUUAGUCAUGAAUAUGAUGUGUCAUGUCAUGUCAGUAUAAAUAAUCACUGUAAAUUAUUAAAUGUUUAUGUAAAUGUCCAAAAAGUAUUCAAAUUAUUUAAAAAAUCAAUUAUACUAAUUAUUAUUUUC